CGCCAACUUGCCCGACCAACACACGAAAAAACGCAAUCAUACCUGGAGUGUGAGUACCACAGGUGUCCAGCAAUCGGUAGUGAGAUAAAAAUUUUGCUCAGUCCUAUUCCAUCGGUCGAGUGCGUGAAGUCCCAAUUUUCAGUGGGGCCCAACAUUCUGGAAACUUGUACAUCAUCUGAGACUGCAUAGAUCAAUCCAAGGCAGUGGCAGACAUGACAGCUCCAAACAUGGAGAAUCUACCAGACAGAAUAGCCGAAAUGUUCGAGAACAAAGAAAUUCUGCUGACGGGUGGUACAGGCUUUCUGGGGAAAGUGUUAGUGGAAAAGUUUUUGCGCUGUCUCCCAAAAGUGGGUAAAAUCCACAUCCUGGUGAGACCGAAGAAGGGAAAAGACGCGAAACAUCGACUGGAGGAGAUGUUCAAUUCGGCGCUUUUCGAGAAAGUGAGGAAUCAGCGGGGUUUGGCAGCCCUCCACAAGACCGUAUCCGUUGUCAGUGGAGAUGUGGCUCUGCCAGGAUUAGGAUUAUCCCCUGAAGACAGAAAAAUGCUCUGCGAGAAGAUCAGCAUUGUUUAUCACGGAGCUGCCACAGUGAGAUUUGAUGAGGGCCUUAAACGAGCUGUUCUCCUUAAUACUCGUGGUACCAAACAAAUGCUCGAAUUGGCCAGAGAUAUGAAGCACUUGGUGCUAUUUGCUCACAUCAGCACAGCUUAUUGUCACUUGGAGGAGAAAGUGCUCCAGGAGAAGCCGUACCCUCCACCUGCAGAUCCUCACAAGAUAAUCAAAUGUGUGGAGUGGAUGGAGGACGACGUCAUCGAGGCCAUGACGGAUAAAAUCCUCGGGAAAUUGCCGAACACUUACGCCUUUACGAAAGCAUUGUCCGAGGGCCUCGUGGAGGAGGCAAUGGCCGAUCUUCCAGCGAUAAUUCUCCGUCCAAGUAUCAUAAUCCCGGUGUGGAAAGAGCCCCUUCCUGGGUGGACUGACAAUAUAAAUGGACCAACAGGUCUUCUAAUUGGUGCAGGAAAAGGUGUGAUAAGAACGAUGUACUGCGAUGAGCGGGGAUACGCGGAUUAUUUGCCCGUUGAUAUCGCUGUCAAUGCCAUUCUCGGUGUAUCCUGGAAUUUUAUACACACCAAAGACGAGAGGAGGGUUUACAAUUUAACGAGUAGCCAUGAGUUCAAAGUAUCGUGGAGGGAGAUUAUUGAACGCGGUCGUAAAAUAACGGAGAAGGUUCCACUUAAUGGUGUCGUUUGGUACCCAGGUGGUAGCAUGAAGAAAUCACGAUUCAUCCACAACAUCUGCGUUUUGUUUUUUCACAUGAUUCCAGCUUAUUUCAUCGACACUUUGAUAUUCCUCGCUGGCCACAAACCCAUUAUGUGUCGAGUUCAUCGACGAAUCAACAAGGGUUUCGAGGUGUUCGAGUACUACGCGAAUAAUCAAUGGGACUUUGAGAAUCAUAGCAUCCAGGUACUGACGAGUAAUUUCAACGAAAGAGAACGGAAGAGCUAUCAGCUCAACGGGGACGACAUGGACUUGGACGCCUACUUCGAGGCUUGCAUUCGAGCUGCGAGGAUUUAUAUCCUCAAUGAGCCUCCUGAGACAUUACCUGCUGCUCGAAGGCACAUGCGAGUAAUGUACUGGGUAGAUGUCUUCACGAAGAUUAUGUUCUUUUCUCUGCUGAUCUACACCCUCUGCAGCUGGAGUGAUAGCUUCAGGGCGUUCCUAAUCGGUGGCUGGACAGUCGUGGCGAACGCCAUCGACGUUUGAAAUUAUAAUACAACUAGUAUAUUUUCCUUAUUAUUUUUUACAACUGUAAUCUUGUUAUCAGCACCGACUCAGAGUAAUUAAAAUAAAAUUAAUAAAUAUACGAAAAGAUGAUUCUGAUA